UUUCGUUUUCCCGGAUUCGUGCGAUAUUUCAGUGUACUUGCUGCUUCAGGGGAGUAGAGCGGAGAAAGAUCAGAAGGCGGUCUAGGGUUUCUUGAGCAGUCCUUCCUAAUCAAUCAACAAUGGCGGACGAUGAUUACAACGAUGCCGAUAUAGGGUAUGAAGAUGAGCCUGCGGAGCCGGAGAUUGAUGAAGGUGCAGAGGUGGAUCUUGAGAAUGAAAACAAUGAAGAUGUGACUGGAGAACCUAUGGAGACGGAGGACAGAGAAGACCAGGAGCCUGUGGAGAGACCUCGGAAAACAUCAAAGUUCAUGACUAAAUACGAACGUGCCAGGAUCUUGGGGACUCGAGCACUGCAGAUCAGCAUGAAUGCUCCAGUUAUGGUCGAGCUGGAGGGUGAGACUGAUCCACUGGAGAUUGCUAUGAAGGAGCUUAGGCAGAGGAAAAUACCAUUCACAAUCCGCCGUUACCUGCCUGAUGGAAGCUAUGAAGACUGGGGAGUCGACGAGCUUAUUGUGGAGGACUCGUGGAAGAGGCAGGUUGGAGGAGACUAAUUUCACCUGCUGCCUUUUGUAUGCCAUGACCUAACUCUGCUAGUGUUGGAGUGGAAAGCUUCUGUUGGAGUUUAGAACUUGAACCUUUUAUGUCUGCUAGUUGCCUGGUGAAGUUUGUGAUGGACUUUGGAACUUGGUUGUGU